CACACUGAGUGUUCAGCUUUCAUCAUGCGGAUCUCUGUCUUCAGCCUGCUUUUCAGCAGCGUGUCAGUGGCUCUGACGGUGUUUAAUGUUUCAGAGGAGCACUCUUCUUGUCCUCUCGGUUAUUUCCCUUGUGGGAAUUUGAGCUCCUGUCUGCCACAGCUUCUUCACUGUAAUGGAGUGGACGACUGUGGGAACCAGGCUGAUGAAGACAACUGUGGAGACAACAAUGGCUGGCCUCAUCUGUUUGACAAGUAUUUUGGGAUGCCCAGUAAAGAGUCUGGAAUCAAAUCGAAUGCAUGCUUGCUUGGAUCUGUUCCAGCUGAAUGUCAAUGCAGGGAAUUGGAGCUUGAUUGUAACGGUGCCCACUUUAAAGAUGCUCCUUCAGUAUCAGCUAACGUCACCAUGAUGUCCUUGCAGAGGAACCGCCUAAGGAAACUGAAUGCUAACAUGUUUAUAAAGUACCAAAAUCUUCAAAAGCUAUACCUUCAGCACAACCGAAUUAAAGUUGUGGAGCCAUAUGCAUUCCGAGGCCUCUACAAUCUAACACGUUUGUAUUUAAGCCAUAAUCGGAUCUCCAGCUUAAUGCCAGGAGUUUUCCAGGAUCUGCACAAACUGGAAUGGCUGAUCCUAGAAAACAACAGAAUCCACUAUGUAUCAUCUCUGACCUUUUCUGGCUUGAGCUCGCUAGUGCUGCUGGUUUUGUUGAACAACACCCUCACAAAACUGGAUGAUUUGUGCUUGGAGAUGCCACGAUUAAAUUGGCUAGACAUGGAAGGGAAUCAGAUAGAGAUUGUGGACAAUAUGACAUUCUGGUCCUGCAGUAUGCUUACUGUGCUAGUUCUUCAGAGAAACCAAAUCAGUCGCAUCCAUGAACAGGCGUUCUCAUUGCUGCGCAAGCUGGGCGAGCUAGACUUGUCUAGUAACAGGAUUGAAGCUAUUCCAACAAAUCUUUUUGUAAAUCUGGGUGAUUUGCUGCAGUUGAAUAUUUCAUACAACCCCAUUCUGGAACUGCAACUGGACCAUUUUGACAAACUACACAAACUGAAGUCAUUGAGCUUGGAGGGAAUCGAGAUUGGAAACAUUCACAGAAGGAUGUUUGAACCUCUUAAAAACCUAACUCAUAUCUACUUUAAAAAGUUCCAGUACUGCGGUUAUGCUCCACAUGUGCGUAGCUGCAAACCUAACACAGACGGCAUCUCAUCAUUUGAGGACCUACUGGCCAACAUCGUGCUGCGUGUUUUCGUCUGGGUCGUCUCUGCCACCACCUGCUUCGGAAACAUCUUCGUCAUUUGCAUGCGCUCGUACAUACGCUCGGAGAACAAGCUCCAUGCCAUGUGCAUCAUCUCUCUUUGCUGUGCUGACGGUUUGAUGGGCAUCUAUCUGUUUGUGAUUGGGGCAUACGACCUGAAGUUUCGUGGUGAGUAUAACCGCCAUGCCCAGGCCUGGAUGGACAGUGUGCCAUGUCAGGUGGUUGGCUCUCUGGCCAUGCUGUCCACUGAGGUCUCUGUUAUGCUCCUUACCUACCUCACCUUGGAAAAGUACAUCUGUAUUGUCUACCCAUUUCGCUACCUGACGCCUGGGCGUAGGCGCACUGUCACUAUUCUGGUUGUCAUCUGGAUCGUGGGAUUUAUUAUUGCUUUCCUGCCUCUGGUCUAUAAAGACAUGUUUAGGAACUUUUAUGGGACCAAUGGGGUUUGUUUUCCUCUGCAUUCGGAGCAGCCAGAGACUGCAGGGGCUCAUGUCUACUCUAUUGUCAUCUUUCUGGGUCUGAACCUGGUGGCUUUCCUAAUUAUUGUCUUGUCUUAUGGAAGCAUGUUUUACAACAUUCAGAGAACGGGGACACAAACAACCAAGUACAGCAACCAUAUAAAGAAAGAACUAACAGUAGCCAAACGCUUCUUCUCCAUCGUCAUCACAGAUUCACUGUGCUGGAUACCUAUUUUUAUCCUUAAAAUCUUAUCACUCAUGGAUGUUGAAAUCCCAGGAACCAUCAGCUCAUGGGUUGUCAUCUUUAUCCUGCCCAUAAACAGUGCUCUAAAUCCUAUUCUCUACACUUUGACUACUCGACCCUUUAAGGAGACUCUACUGCAGGUCUGGAACAACUACAGGCAGCGGCGGCCAUUGCUCAGCAGACACUCAGCCCACCAUCCAUCUUUCACCUGGCAGGAAAUGUGGCCUCUUCAGGAAAACACUCAUAAUGCAGUUUCACCAGAGUAUCUAGCACAUCCGUCACAAAUGUCCUAA